UUAACUCCAGCAUCAACAACUAUACAUUCUUCACACCACCACAAACCACCGCAACCAUGUCAUCCAAACGCGCCUCCACCAUGCCCCCUCCCCCCAAACCGCCCCACAACACUCGCCCCAACCCUCAUAAUUGCAGAGCAUGCCUCCCUUGUCGGAACCCAUCUAAUCGCUCUCGGUGCAAACACAGCCAUCCACCCACGAACAAAGCUAAUCUCAACCUUCGCAUCCAUCACCGUGGGCAGCAACUGCAUUAUCUCAGAACGUUCGAUCGUAGGACUGCAGAGCGAGCCGGAGAACGAUGUUGAGAGCGAGGGAUUGGUGCUAGAGGACAGUGUUGUGGUGGAGACAGGGGCCGUUGUCGAGGCGAGGUGCGUGGGGACUGGGACGACGGUUGAGGUUGGGGCGAGGAUCGGAAAGGGGGCUGUUAUUGGGAAGCAUUGCAAAAUUGGACCAUUAAGUGAGAUUGGUGUGGGGGAGGAGAUUCCCGAUUUCACUGUGAUAUUUGGGAAUGGGAUGCGGAGAGUAGACCGGAGUGGUGUUGAGAAUCAAAAGCUGAAGACAAUUGCGAGACAGGUGGAAGUCUUGAGGAAGUUGAUACCCAGUAAUUUAGCAAAGUUUCAGUGA